CAACAUAAAAGAUAAAACUCUCUCUUGUCUUUAACCUAUUUCUGCGACUCUGACUGUCGAAGAACACCCUCAACCCUCAAGUCUCAAUGGCGUUAUUGGGCGACGACGGACGUGGCUUCGAGCUUGCCCGGAAACUUGAAUCUCAAGGCGUCUGGAGAUCGUGGAUUGGAGAUGAUUCUCUGCACGCCACCUUCUCUCCAUUCUUAUCAUCGCCGUCUUCUUGGGAAUCCUUCAUGAGAAUCGACGAGACCAAGUCUAGGGCUCAAAUUCAACUUCAACUCCGUGUUCGCGCUCUCCUCUUCGACAAAGCUUGCGUCUCGCUUUUCCCUCUGUCCAAUCGAUCUUCUCCUUCUUCCAAUUCGAAGCUCAAUCCAAAUUAUUUACAGUUACAUGGUGAUGACAUUUUUUAUACUCUAGAGAAUCCUACACAAAAUGUAGCACCAUCUUCAAAGGUUCAACAAAAACCAAAUUUUGGUAUAGGAUCUAGAUAUGGUACAUCUGAAGAUGAAAAUAUCUCUCAAAGAUGCCCAGAAUCAUGGUACACUCAAUUCUUUGAAAAAUACAGAGCCACAAAACCCUACAGAUUACCUUCAGGUGACAGAGAAUCUGAAAAACGUACACCCGAACAAAUGUCUAACUAUCUCAAAAUUGCCCAAAAGCAUAAAAGAAACCGGGCAGUUUUCAUGGAAGAACAAACCCUAACUUCGGGCAGCCCCAUGUUUGACUCCGGUCAAGGUCAAACCCCAGAUGACGAAUUAUUUUUCCCUGAAACAAUGUUUUCAGCAAACUCAGUUCCCGAUAGUGCUUUACCUCUUUCAAAUCAAUUAGAAAAUGUUCAUAUGGUAAAGUGUAAUGGAGUUUUGGACAAUUUGCCCUUGCCCCCGAUAAUGACGAAAAGCCCCAUUAUGUUGGAGAGACUUGGUAUAAGGCCAGAGUACCUUAACAUGGAGCAACAAGGGGGUCUUGAUAGGGGUAAAAAUGGAACAUUUGGGAUGAAAAAUAGUUUGAGUUCUCAACAAGCUUCGGAAAUGUCUCGACAAAUGGUGUCCCGGUUGUUGAUUGAUGUUGGUUUUGAAUCGGCUUCUGGUGGAUCAUUGGAUAUAUUAGCUCAAUUGGUUGGGUGUCAUAUUUGUAAAUUAGGUCGAAUCUUGAAAGUCCUUUCUGAUAGUUAUAGAAAAGAUUGUUCAGCUAUUGGUCUACUUAAGAUGUUCCUCCAAACAAUUGGACAAGGUAAUCUUGCGGCUUUUACCGAGGUUGUUAAAGAUAGUUCCAAGAACAACAUUCAACAAACACAAAUGCAAGUUCAAGCAAUGCAGACACAAAUGCAAUUACAAAGUCAAACUAGAGUUGGUCAACCCCAUCAAUUUGCAAGACAAAUGCAAAACCAAAUGGUUCAUCCUCUACAACAACAGCAACAGUGGGACCGCAUGCGAAGGCGUCAACCCGCAAAUCCAAAUCCUCGCGGUGUUGGUGUUGGUGUCGGUGUGAUGAAUAUGAAUUUGGAUAAUGAAAGUCAAAGGUCAAUGGUGGAAGUCAAACUUGAAAAUCCAUCUGAUUUCCAAAUAGAUAACAACAACAACAACAAUAGUAUCAAUAAUGGUGGAUUUGCAACCAUGAAUUAUAGAAACCCUCAAAUGCAAUUUCGACAGCAGCAGUUUGCUGCCAUGUCAGCAUAUCAAGCUCAAAACAAUCAGUUUCGACCAAUGGCGUCUGUCCAAAUCCCCCAACUCCACCCACAAGCUCACUCUCCGAAUAUGGGAAUGAUGGUUAGAGCUCCACCUGUGAAGGUUGAAGCUUUUCAGGAAUUGAUGGGUGGAGAUUCUUCAAUGAAACAUGAUUCAGAUGAAAGUAAACUCACUUCCCCAAACUAAUUGACUUUUCAGAAUUAAAAAAAAUGUUUUUUAAUUUCAAGUUUAAUAACUAAAUCAUGUUGUUAAAAUUGUAUAAAGGGUCAUUAAUUGUGUUUCUGAACUUUUAGUUCGCUUUCAUUGUGAAUAGUGCUAAUUUGUAGUUUAUGUGGUUACAAGCUAUAUUUUUUUUUAUAAUAAUAUUUGAGAUCUUUGUUGUUUAA